UAGAAAUGGGCUGGACCGCCUUGUGUCUUCUUUGUGGUAGUCUGUGUCGUGUGUGACAGAGAAGAGCGGAAGGUGAUCGCGGAGCGGCAGUAUCACUGUACGCACUCUUCACGGAGAACGGACACCAUAUCUGCUUCAUAUCAGUCUGAUGAGAUACUGCAUAUCGAAUAAGUAUAAUCGCGACCAAGGCCGGGUUUUUUUUUUUUUUUUUAGGAGAACUGGACAAACUGGUUAACACUACUGCUCCUCCUCCACCUCCUCCAGGCGUGGGCUGCUCGCACUCCAACGUGCUGGGAAUCAAAAGCCGCACGACAGAGAGCUGCGAUUCCCCUUGCCCAACGCUCAGCUCACAAUAUCGGAUUCAUUCGUGCAAACGGCGGAUGUAAUUUAUCGGACGACAUCAGCCAGAGGCUUUCUUUAAUUGCACAAGCGUUCUUGGCUGGAUAUCACUCUUUUAACCGGGCUCGAUACAGCUCACUCGGGAGAGAUUGAUUCAUUCGGGAGUCGGUAUACGCACUUUGACGAGGUCCGAACAGGUGUACGCGUUCACAACUCCAUCCGGACUGAUUGCAGAAGGUCGAGCUCUAAGAGCGGUUAAGAAUUUCUAAUUAUCACAUUUAUUAGGCUACAUCUGCGACAUCUGGACUUAAUCGCCUGUGCAGAGUAAAGGAGAACUAUGGAUAUCAAAUGGCUUACUAUAGCCUUUGCGGUUUUUGUGAGCUCUUGCUUGGCCCAGCGGCAGGUUACAGUGCAGCCUGGGCCCCUGAUUCGUACGGAAGGCUCUCAUAUCACCAUCUGGUGUAAUGUGACUGGCUACAAGGAAGGUGUGGAGCAGGACUUCGAGUGGUCCAUGUACUUUUACACUGCUCCUGAUCGAGAGAUCCGUAUCGUGAGCACGUCCCAGCACAAUUACGCCUACGCCUUGUUUGCCCAGCGCGUCAACAGCAAAGAGAUCUACAUCGAGAGGCUGAGCGGAGACUCGGCCCUGCUGCACAUAACCAAGCUGCAGGCCACUGACCAGGGCACAUUCGAGUGCUACACCCCCAACACUGACAGCCGAUACCUGGGCUCCUACAGCGCCAAAACCAACCUCACUGUGAUCCCGGACACUCUGACAGUUACGGCGGCUGCUCAGACUCUCUCGAAAGUGGAGGGGGACACUCUACAGCUGAGCUGUGAGGUCGCACGCCAGACAUCACAGCACACUCAUAUGUCCGUGGGCUGGUACCUGCGCCCUGCUGAUGACCCCACUUCUGCUCCACGUGACCUAGUCACCCUGUCACGGGACUUUGUUUUAAGACCAGGGGGACAGUACCGCCAGCGCCUGUCCUCUGGAGACCUGCGGUUGGACAAGACCAGUGCCACCACCUACCGUCUCACCAUCUACAAACUGCAGCCCACUGACCAGGGCGAGUUCUACUGCGAGGCCUCAGAAUGGAUCCAGGACCAAGAUCAUUCUUGGUACGCCAUGACCCGGAAAGAGUCAGAGAAGACCUCUGUCAAAGUUCAGCCCACAGAUCGGGACUUUAGUAUCCAGGUAACCACCGAGCGCCGGGCCUACACGGCUGGUGAACCGCUGGAGCUUCGCUGCACCAUUGAUGCUCAGAAUGUUCCAGAGCGCUUUUUCUCGGUGUCGUGGGUCUUCAGCAGCUCACCCGUAGCCGUGAUAGGGCCCAGUGCUGUGCCCGUACUGGGACCUAACUACCUGGAACGAGAGGCAGCUGGCCUCCUGACUGUGCGAAAAGAGAGCCCCUCCGUCCACCUGCUCAAGCUGCAACGGUUACUGCCCGAUGAUUCGGGAAAAUACAUCUGCAGAGUGACAGAGCGGGAAAAGACGCUCACUGGAGAUUUCAUCGACCGCAGCAAACGGUCCCGUAAUGUUCAGAUCACUGUAACCCCUCUCAGGAGUAACAUCACUGUAUCGUUAUCUAGUGAGUCUUCAGAGAUUAUGGAGGGAGAAACCAUUCUGAUGACCUGCAUUGUUAACAACACUCUGGGUCCCCUAUCUGUGACUUGGCAGUGGACGGAUAAGGACGGGGUGGGUCCUGCAGUGGAUGUGGCUUCUGUGGACCGCGACGGCACGGUCACACCUGGGUCCACCUUAAAGGAGCGCAGCAGCUAUGGAGAGGUCCGGGUGGAGCGAGUUCGGCCCGACACAUUCACCCUGUCCCUGCAUAACGCCUUUCCCACAGAUGACGGCCUGUACCGCUGCAGCGCCAUUGAGUGGUCACAGAGCGGGGCUGCACCUGACUGGGUCUGGCAGCAGAUUGGAGAUGAAACCGCCAUCCAAACCGUCACUGUAAAAUCAGUUGAAUCUUUCUUCUUCUUGUCUGCCUCCUCCCGUACACCCGGUGUGACGUUUGGUGACUCGUUUGACUUGCAGUGCAUUGUGAAGCCACGGCACAAUCCCAACGUUCCUGCUGCAGUCACAUGGCGUUUCCUGCCUGCAGAGAGCAAUGGAGAGUUCCGCGAUUUGGUGACGUUCACGCGUGACGGAACUCUGCAGUGGGGCGAGCAGCUGUUGGGCCUGGGCACACGCACAACAGUGGAUCGUACACCCACUAACACCAACUUCCGCCUCAGCAUCACCCGAGCCGGACGGAAGGAGGCUGGGACGUAUCAGUGCGCUGCCCUGCUCUAUCGAAGGAAUUAUGAUGGCACCUGGAGCACAGUAGCCAACCGCACCUCGAAUCCGCUGGGCAUCAGUGUACUGCAGCCUGCGAGUAAACUGCGAGUGCACAAGUCCAACCAGAGUCUGCAGUUUCUGGAAGACAGCCGGGUGCGUGUCAACUGCUCCAUCACCUCUCAAACCAGCCCUGAGUCUCAGCAUGCCGUUCGAUGGUAUGCCCGGAAGGCCGAACCAGGAGAGCCUGACGAGCUGCUGUUAAAGAUUGAACAUUCCGGGGCAUUUGAGUACGGAGCAUAUGCAGAGGAAGAACGUCUGCGCAGCCGUGUGCAGUCAGAGAGGCUCUCUCCACGGUUAUAUGGUCUUACCCUGCACCGUGCUGAGACUAGCGAUUCUGGAACCUACUACUGCCUUGUGGAGGAGUGGCUCAUGGACCCUGAUGGAGCCUGGUACCGUCUGGCACAAGACUCCUCCGGCUUUACACAUGUAGUGGUGAGACAGCCAGUGGUGAAAUUACAAGUGGAGGAGGUAGAAUCCAAUAUCACAGUACCUGAAGAUGGAUCAAUCCGACUGGGAUGCAGCAUUCUCUCCCAAUCAUCUAAAGACUCCCGCUUCUCUGUGUCCUGGUACGUGUACUAUUUGGGUCAGCAGGAGGAGGAGGAGCAGGAGUGUGUCUUCUCCAUCGGUCAUGACGCAGUGUUUGGUAAUGGGAACUGCAGCCCCACAGAAGAGCCUGGUCCAAACUCUCGCCUGCAGUUUGAGCGCACCACCUCUGACCUGUACAGUCUGACCAUACAGAAAGCCCGGCCCAGAGAUGCAGGCAGGUACUACUGCCAUGUGGAGGAGUGGCUGCUGAACCCACGCAAUGCCUGGUACCGCCUAGCUACCAACAACUCUGGAGUCACCAUUGUUAAUGUUCUGGAGCAGGACUCCACCCUACAGUCUGUGGUUUGUUCCAACGACUCGCUCUUCUACUUCGUCUUCUUCUACCCUUUCCCUAUCUUCGGCAUCCUCCUCAUCACAGUCCUGCUGGUGCGCUACAAGAGCCGCAGCUCCAACAAGAACCAGGAGGGCAAGAACGGAGCGCCCCUCCUUUGGAUCAAAGAGCCCCACCUCAGCUAUUCCCCAACCUGUCUGGACCCCCCUGCUCUCAGCCUUCACCCUGGCUCUGUGGAGUAACAGUGACGAGCACAUGACCCUGUCUCCCUCAGAGACUCGCUCAUCUACACUAUUUCUCUGACUUGCCCUCUUUUCUUCUCCUCCUCGUCCAUGAGGAGGCCACCAGGAAGUAUCUGGCCUUCUAACCUGGCCUGUCACUCCAUCCAUAUAACUAACUAAAUACCUUCCUCAGUUAAAGUUGCCAUGACUACAGAGGCUACUGGUGGUGAUGCCAAGACAUUUGUCUUGCUUUCUUUUUCCUUUCUUUUUAGUUUUUUUUUAAAGUUUUUUUUUUAAAAUACGAUUUUUACUUCUCAUUCGUACUCGUUCCUUUUAGGUGGCAGUGCCUGUGGGCCUUGAUGUAUUUUACCGCUUUGGCACGUGACCUUUGCCAACCUCCUUGCCCAUGUUCCCUUUUCAGGAUAUUUUUGCUUUUUCUCUCAUCUAUGAAGUCUGGUGCAAACCAUUGCAUAUUAUUUGUUAUUUUGUUAUUAUGUCAGUGCUGAUUUUUGCUUUAAAAACUGUAAGGUGUUUGCUGGACCAUGAAAGCUUCUAGAGACAAUGGUGUAUGGAUGAAGAACAAAAAAAGGACAAUUUAAAAAAAAAAAAAAGAUAUCUUGAAAAGCAGACAAUGGAUGUAUAUUCUGUGAUUUUGUGUGUGCACCACAGAACUGCUCUGAGAACUGCUCUGCUUAAACGGAUAUUAAACAGACUAUUUAGAGCCCUCAUUUCCCACUGAUUCCAGGAUAUGAAUCUAACCCCAGCUCAUCGUCACUGCCAAAGACCGAUGAAAAAUUCAAAAGUCACAAAUUCAGAAUUACGAUUUAAUGUUAAGGAUUAGGCUUGAGAAGAUCAAAUCAUUGUAGCUUGACUUUCCAAAUAUUCUGUAACGCAAACCAUUGGAUUUUACCCAGCUGGAAAACAGUGACAUAUUUCUUUGUCACUGGUGAUCAGAUGUUUCUUCAUGCCCUCAACUUAGCUGACCAUUCUGUUGGUCAAUUUUAUUUCCAGGUCCUUUCCAAUGUGCAAGAAAAUCCAGUUACCUUCAGAAAACCCUUCUGAUACAAGUAUACGAGUGUGUCUUUAUGUAUAUGUGGCCCCACAUUCAGUGUCCGAUAUUUCCAGAAUGCAAGGCUGAAUGGAGACUAAGGGAGAACUGUUGGGCAUCAAGUGCUUUUCGCUACUCCUCUCAUUAAUUUUUUGAACUUCUUGUAAAAAAUGAGAGAGAGAGAGAUCUUGAGAGAACCGCUAAAGACUGCUGACUCGAGGGACAUUCUGAGUGCCAAGACCUUUGUAUCAUUAUCCGUGGCCUGCAAAUAAUCCAGGAGGAAAACAAAGCUCGUUGGCUUUGUGACAUUCUGCAUAUAUGAAUUCUCAGCUCCUACAAUACAUUUGUGGGACUUGUAGGCUUAUGAAGGUUCUUAAUUUUGAUGAUUAGACAUUUGUUAUAUCUAUAUACAGUAAGUCACAUCAAAUGUUUCUCUUCUCUUUAUGGGUUUGUGUUUGAAAUAUGGUGCCCAACCUUUGUAUUACCACUGAAACAAUAUUGCAAAAACAUAACACGCCAUUUCAUAACCUGUAACAUGUGGUCACCUAAUAGCUGUGAGAGACAAAUGUGUGAUCAUAUCUCUAAUGGGAGAUUCUUAAGACUUAAGUUAUUGUUUGUGUCCAUGAACUCUACAAAAAGACACUGCCAACAUAUUCCGACAUUGAAGAUAACCUAACAGUACUUGAUCAUCACAACACAUUAGCUCCAUCCUGAAAACAUUUGUUUGUGUGAAUGUACAUUAUUAGUGUGAAUGAAUUGUAUCUUUCCAUUUUAUUUUAAGCGCAUGUCACGGACUACCAAACAUAAUGUGUUGAACAUGCAGUCUGACACCGAAAUGGACAUGGCUCACUUUUAUACAACAUGCUAAAGAAGACCUUGUUCUUCACACUUUGACAGUGUGACACUAUGUUCUCUCAGUCUCUCAGAGCCAGGGCCAGUGUCACCUUCAUGUGAUCUCUAUGGGCAACUGAUAUCUGUUUGAAACAUUGCAGCUUUUCUGUAAAUGACAUUUAGAUCCAGUUAAAGCUUGUGGUUGUCUAAUUUAUUGAACCAUAAAGUACCUAGAUAUGAUAUAUGAACUUCAUAACUCUGCAUAGACAUAAUUUGGCGUAAACAGUGAACAUUUAGACAACUGUAACAUUUAUGUAAAGUGGCUUAGAAGUUCUGAACCAGACUGAUCGGAGAAUCUUCAUUUAGAUGAUAGUGAUAAUCUAGCUCUCUUAAUCUCUACUAAAUUUCGUCAAACUGUACAGUGCAUGAGUAAGGGGGCAUUGUAAUGUCUGAAUCUCUUGAGAGUUUUGUUUUGUGACAUCAUGUCGGAUCAAUGCUAUGUUCUCAAUCUCCUUCUUGUGGAAGGCCUUGCAGAUGCAACAGACCUGUACAAUUGAAUUAAUUUUAGUCAUUUUUCUAUAAUAACGCUGUGAUCCUGGUUCAUAGUUAACACUUUUGCUAAAUGUACCGUUUGAACUUCUAACAAGACGGAGUGACAAAAUAGAUGCUUUUAGGGAUAGUUCACCCAAAAAUUCUAGUUCUGUGAUCAUUCCUCAUGUAGUUCCAAACCCAUAUGGUUUAUUCUGUGGAACACAAAAAGUCAUUAUAGGCAGAAUGUAAGCCUCAGUCACUAUUCACUUUCAUCGUAUGGAGAAAAAAAAAAAAAGAUGCAAAGAAAGUGAAUGGUGACUGAAGCUUACGUUCUGCCUAACAUUUCCUUUUCUGUUCCACAGAAGACAGAAAGUCAUAUAGGUUUGGAAAAUGAUGACAAAUUUUAUCUUCAAUCGUAGGCCACAUCCACACUAAUACAUUUUUGGUUGUAAACGCAUUAAUUUUGCUAUGUUCACACCUCUGUUCCAUAAUGAAACGGCAUUUUCCUCAACCAAAAACUGAGACUUCGAAAACGCUCCCCAGUGCUGCAUACUUUAGAAAAUGAUGAUGUUAGGAUACCGAAAAAUGUAUGAGUAUGAACUUGGCUUAAACCUACAAAUUAAUUCUGCCACCUUUUGAAUUGUGCGUUCCACAAUCAAGUUCUAUGACUUGAUUAUAUGGGCUGGCCUUCCUCAAAAAGGAUAUGAAUACUGUGACAAGUGUAAAAUUGCGGUUUUUCUGUCAUUCAGUUUGUACAGAAUUCUUCAGAACUCUAAAUAGUGUUUUUGUAUUUCAACAUGCCCAGCUGAAUCAUAAUGUUCUCACAAUGUUGUAAAUGCAUUUUAAGGGCUGCAUGUCAUGACUGUGUAUUGGCAGAGUAGCUGCAGAAGAAAAACAAAACAAAAGAGAUAAAAAACAUUGUGUUGAUGUGUGUUCAGUUCAGCCAGUGCUGCUUUUUCAAGUGGUGAUUUUUGUUCUUUUUUAAAAUAACCAAAAUAGUGCACUGAAUAUUUAAAAAAAAGUUGCCAUCGUUGUUUAAUGCUUGUGUUUGUUGUACUGUUUAAUUUUUGUUGUUUCUUUUAUAUCUCUACAUAUAUUUUAUUGAAUUGUAGCAAUUGCUAAUAUCAAAAGGCACUUUGCUAUUAUCAGCUGAUUGCAAUAAAACAUUCAGUGCACAGUGUUUUGUGUUUA